AUACAAAAAAAACCUUCACACAGGCGGAUACACGCCUACUUCUUUCUGCUACAGCUUCUCAACAGGAUAAAGGCAAAGGUUCAGAACACUUGGAAAAUUAAAGAAAAAACUCUGGAAACACUAAUUUGAUUUCCUCGCGGACGUGUUCACAAUCUUGAUUGAAUGCCAAAACGUGUCGAAGGACUCAAGAUUUACGAGGGUUGGCUUUGCUGUUAAACCACAGCUGGGUGGCCAUCAGAUCGCUGCUUCUCUCCCUCAGGUGAACAAAGAUUGUGAAAACAUCGAAAGAUACUAAACAACAGUGACAAUGAGUGGUGAUACCAACCAGGACGUAGUAACUUCCCCUCCCCCACCCAGUGAGAUUCAUAAAGGGAGCUAUUUUGACCGCAUCAAUGAAAAUGACUCUGAUUAUAUUCGUGAGAGAAACAUGUCACCAGAUUUGCGACAGGACUUCAACCUGAUGGAACAAAGGAAGCGUGUUUCUCAAAUAUUGCAAAGUCCUGCCUUCAGAGAUGAACUUGAGUUCCUUAUUCAAGAGCAGAUGAAAAAGGGUAAUAACCCAGCUGGUCUGCUUGCCCUACGACAAAUAGCAGAUUUUGUAAUGGCAAGCUCUGUUUCAGCUUUUCCCACAGCACAAUUUAAUCUAGGGAUAACCACACCAAUCAAUGACCUGCGCGGCGUUGAGUCUGCUACUUUUGUGAAAGGAGAAAAGUUGACACGUUGUAAAGUUGCAAGCCUUUACAGAAUGUUGGAUCUGUUUGGAUGGGCACAUUUGACCAAUACCUGCAUAACAGUCAGAGUGAGCAAAGAACAGGAACAUUUUCUCAUUAUUCCCAAGGGCCUCUCAUAUGCUGAAGCCACUGCUUCCAAUCUUGUGAAAGUUAACAUACUAGGUGAAGUAGUGGACCAGGGAAGCACUAAUUUGAGAAUUGACCAAGCAUCAUUCAGUCCCCAUGCUGCCAUCUAUGCAAUACGCCCUGAUGUUCGAUGUGUUGUACAUAUACACACACCAGCAGCUGCUGCUGUUUCUACCAUGAAGUGUGGUAUUCUGCCAAUAUCCCAGGAAGCUUUGAUUGUAGGCAAUGUCGCAUAUUAUGAUUAUCAGGGUUCACUUGAUGAAGAGAGUGACCGAAUUCAGCUCCAAAAGUGUCUAGGUACAGCUUGCAAGGUAUUGGUUCUGAGAAACCAUGGUGUCAUGGCACUUGGUGAGACCGUAGAGGAAGCUUUUCACUAUAUCUACACAGUUCAGUUGGCUUGUGAAAUCCAGGUGAGAGCCCUGGCAAGUGCAGGUAGUGUGGAUAACUUGCUGCUACUGGAUUUGGAAAAAUUCAAGCCUCACACACACAAGGUGGCCAUUGAUGGAGUUAAUAUGGGAGUCGCACAGAAGUGGAGAGUUGGAGAACAGGAAUUUGAAGCUAUGAUGAGAAUGUUGGACAAUUUGGGCUACAGAACUGGCUACACUUACAGGCACCCAAUUCUGAGAGAAAAGCUACGACACAAGAGUGAGGUGGAAAUCCCUGCAACUGUCACAGCAUUCUCCUUUGAAGAUGAUGCUGUGCAAUGCUCUCCCCUCAAAUUCCUGGCGCAGAAACAGCAGCGCGAAAAGACGAGAUGGCUGAACACUCCAAACACGUACACAAAGGUCAAUGUCCCAGAGGAGUCUCCAACAGGCGACUGCAGCCCUAGGUCAAAAAUCACAUGGAAAAAGACAGAUAAUGUGUCAAAACAGAGUAGUGGAACACCAAUCAAGAUAGAAGAUCCUAAUCAGUUUGUUCCAUUAAAUACAGAUCCCCGGGAGGUCCAGGACAGAAGAAACAAGAUUCGUGAACAGAAUCGAUAUGACAUGAAGACUGCUGGGCCACAGUCGCAAUUACUGGCUGGUAUUGUUGUAGAGAAGAAAAGCGCCCCGCUGGAUAUUAAAGAACUGGAAGAUCAGUUACCAUCAGGACCACCAAACCCAUUCAGCUACCUGAAUGAAUGUGAAUUGGAGGAAUACAAAAGGAUAAUUGAACGGAAGCAACAAGGAUUGGAUGAUAUUGAACAGGAACUAACAUCAGAUGAUGGUUCUGCGCUAUCACCACCUCAAUCCCCACAAGUCAUACCAGCAAAAUUAGAAGAAAACAAUGUGCCAGCUGUGGUGGUGAAUGGAGGAAAAGAUGAUGGACAAGCUUUAACAGAAGAUGUGACAAAACGUAUCAGUCAGUUAACAACCAGCACAAUGGAAAGUGUGGAAAUUACUAUCAAGACAACAGAAAAGAUAGAUCUGAACGUCAGUGAUACCCUUUCACCUGAGGGGUCUCCUUCUAAAUCACCCUCCAAGAAGAAAAAGAAAUUCCGUACACCAUCAUUUCUGAAAAAGAACAAAAAGAAGGAAAAGGUGGAAGCGUAAUAAUAGGUAUGCAGGGAUGCUGCACAAUUGGAAUGCUAGUUGAAUAUGUCAAUUUUGUAUGCUUGAUGUUGAUAUGUUCCUCAGCUAAAUGUGCUAAACGUCAGUUAACUGCACUGACUUAGAAUACAGGAAAAGGCCAAAUCUAUAUAGGGGUUAUUAAUCUGGCAUUAAAACAUUUUAUUGCAAGUUUGUUUAGUAAUUAACCUUUUGCCAAAAGUAAAUCACGUUCUAGUGAAUUCUAGACUUGGAGCAGAUAAACUGUUGAAUUCAUUUUGAUCUUUUUAAAAUAAACAUCUCAUUAUAUCCACCAAAAUGUGGAAAUUUUAUACAUUAAACACAUGAUUUAAUCCAUUGCUGACAACUUUCUAUCUUAAAUUUUUAAUACUAUAAAAUAACAAUUACUAGCAUGCAAUACAAGGGUCUAAUGACAGAAUAACAAAUGCCUGACUCUAGUAUACCAGAGUUCUAUCAGGCAUGUCAUAGUUCUGAUACUAGUGGACUAGAUGAAAACAAACUGGAGUCAUGUCAAUAGUGUUUUUUAAAAAAUGCUUUACUGCACUUUUUGGUGAUACAUAACUUACUAGCAAUUUAAAUCCUAAGUGAAUCCGUGAGGUAACCAAAUGAAGGAGAAAUGAUGCUACCAAAAAGGGAAUAGCAAGGUGUGCAAUGAGAAAAGGAUUGGGGAAGGAUUGAGAUUAGAUCAAAACGUGGUAUUACAGCAAUUGGUUUUUUUAGGGUGGGACUGGAAUUGUGGCUCAAUUUGUAGAGAGAUUAAAAAGGGGGAAAAAAGGCAUGAAAAUAACAUUUUAGAUGCAUGAUCUGAAAAAUAUUAAGCAAGAACAUAAUAUCAAAACCAAUGGCUGUAUGUUCCAAGUGAUCCAACUAUUUUAGUUGAACUAUUUUUUUUAAUCCCCUCUGCCUCCCUAUUUUAAGCCGUUGAGAAGUCUGAUGAUAUAUGAAAUAAAAAGAAUGGUACCGUAUCCUGGCUAUACUUUAUGUUACUUGAUUUUUUUUUAGCCACUAGGUGGAACCUGCUUUCUUGGCUUUCCCACUGAUGAGCCUGAGAGUUGGUUGACACUUUGACCUCCAUGAAAAACUUGUGCCCCUUAAAGUUGGUUUCCUCAAUUUAAGACUGGUAUUGAAACAGGUAGCCAUUUGUGUCUGAUUUUAAGUGAGUUUACUCUGUACGGUGUUAGUUACUUACACUGAGCUUUGAAUCAAUAUUUUCCAAAUGCCACAAUUUUUUUGAACACUCAACCACAACUAUCAAGAGAAUUUCCUUUAAAAUAUAUUUUAUGUUCUCUUGUAAUGCUUUUGCAAUAAAAUUAUUUCUCAUGUACUGUGGAAUGUGCAGAUAAGAUUUUUACCUUGUUGAAAGACAAAAAUGAUCAAUGAUGGGUGCAUUCAACAGCAUCUUAAAUUGCAAUCAUACUUAAAUUUGCGUGUACUGUUCACUUCCUCCUCCUUUGGUGUGGACAUUGUGCUUCUGCUAACAACAUGAUGAGAGGGAAGAAAAGGCAUUCUUAAUAUGAUUAGUUGUUUCAGACGACUGAAGGAAGGUAUUUUUGUAAGUGUAAAAUCUAUAAAAGUUUAAGUAUUGUGAUCUUUUAAAUAGUUUCUCCAUAUUUGAACCCCUGUGUAUUUACAGGAGAUAAAAGACUUUGCUUACUAAUAUUUUUUACAAAUAGUUAUCUUUUCAUGGUAACUGCCAGCAAAAGAUGAAUAAAUUUAAAGAAGUAUUUGAUUCACAAGUUACAAUGAGAAAAAGCCACUACUUGAGCUAUCAAAAAGAACAGAUAAAUUAAACCACUAGCACUGGCGUCCGUGAUCAGAAUCCCAUUUAGUAAUGUGAAUGGUAGUUUGAUUUUGAAUAAUGUAUGUUGAUAAAUGGAAUUGAAGUAAUUGGAAGAUUUAAGGAGAUGGGGAUUGGGCUACAGCAAUGCAUCUCUGAAAGGGAACAAUACGUCAACACUAAGAAAUACUGGAAAGAUUAAACUGAUAAUUGAAUUUUAGUUUAAAAAAUUGAACUUUUAGUUAUUAAUUGUUUAAGUAGUAAUUAUCCAAGCUCUGUGCUUUUGGUAAUUUUUUUUGUUAUGGGGGGGCAGUUCCUGUCUACAUAAUUUAUACAGCUAUACACUAAAUAGAGUUAAUUCACCUUGUUCGCACUACAAACAUGUGCAACAACCCAUUGUCCUGUGGAAAAUGUUUGACAAAGUUGCUUUUAGUUGUGUAGCAAAUUAAUGUAAAAUCCACAAAUAAACAGUAUUUUUUGAUGUGGAAAUACAGUUCCAAUUUUAGAAAUCUGUCAUUUGUAUCAUGUACUGGACUAUUUUCCAAUAAUCUUAAUAACCAAUUUAAGCCCUAAUUGUGUGAUAUAAUGUCCUUUUUAAAUUAUAUUCUGAGAAGUUCCAUUGCUUUCUUAUAUUUUUGAAAUUCUGUAAAGCAUCUAAAAUCUUUGGAGCAUUUCAAAAUCUGGAAUUUGCUUAUUAAAGAAUGUAAAAGAAAUGGCACUCUGUAUAGUAGCUUACUUACUCUAUGAAAAA